AUGAGGACACAGGCGCGGGGAUCGCCGGCCCCACACUCGCCCGCGCCCCCCAAUGAGGACAGGCGCGGGGAUCCCCUGCCCCGCACUCGCCCGCGCCCCCCCAAUGAGGACACAGGCGCGGGGAUCGCCGGCCCCAACCCCGCCCGCGCUCCCCAUUGCAGACAGGCGCGGGGAUCCCCUGCCCCACACUCGCCCGGGCUCCCCAAUGAGGACAGGCGCGGGGAUCGCCUGCCCCAACCCCGCCCGCACCCCUCAAGGCGGACAGGCGCGGAGAUUGCCUGCCCUACACCUGCCCGCGCCCCCCAAUGCGGACAGGAGCGGGGAUCUCCUGCCCCAACCCCGCCCGGACCCCCCAAUGAGGACACAGGCGCGGGGAUCGCUGGCCCCAACCCCGCCCGCGCUCCCCACUGCAGACAGGCGCGGGGAUCCCCUGCCCCACACUCGCCCGCGCCCCCCAAUGAGGACACAGGCGCGGGGAUCGCCGGCCCCAACCCCGCCCGCGCUCCCCAUUGCAGACAGGCGCGGGGAUCCCCUGCCCCACACUCGCCCGGGCUCCCCAAUGAGGACAGGCGCGGGGAUUGCCUGCCCCAACCCCGCCCGCACCCCUCAAGGCGGACAGGCGCGGAGAUCGCCUGCCCUACACCUGCCCGCGCCCCCCAAUGCGGACAGGAGCGGGGAUCGCCUGCCCCAACCCCGCCCGGACCCCCCCAAUGA